GUAGAGGGAAGGCUGCCAAAGAGAUUUUGGGGGGAGGGGAGUCCGCUGGGAGAGGGGCGGGGCAGGACGCUGGAGGAGGAAAGAGGCGGGGGGCGGGCGUUGGGCGGGAUGGCCCUGCGCUGGGGGUGGUGUGGGCGGCGGUACCUCGCGAGGGAAGGGAGAUGGUUUCGAGGUAGAGUUUUGGGGAGAGGAAGCAAGAGCCAUUUCCUGCCUGCGGCGAGGACCCUCCUUUGAGAGCCUCCCCCACCAGUUGCCCAAUGGUGACACUACUCACCUCCGCCCCUCCGCUGGCUCCUAUUUCACCAGCUCCUGCAGUGACAGCUGGAGGGCCUAGACGAUGCCCUUGCUCCCCGCCCGGGUCUCCCACCCUCCACCCUCUGCCCAGAGCAUUGACUUCAUCCCUGACACCCCCGGGGCAGGAUCCCUGUGGGGCUGGGGCUGGCUCUGGGGGACCUCCAGGGUGUGUGGCCCGCCGGUCCCCAGGAGGAGCUACCUGGGGUUGCCAUGAGAGAAACCUUGGAGGCCCUCAGCUCCCUGGGGGGGCUGAGGUUGACCCCUGGCCAGCCUGCUGGGGAGCCUGGCUGUCCCUUGUCCAUGCUGACCAGAGACCCCUCCUUCCUGAACAGGCUUCUCUGUGGCACAGCGGGAGUUGGCCCCCCAAAGUGAGCCUGGGGACAGGUCCCAUGAUGCCCAGGAGCAGAUGUGCCCUCCCAGGCAGGAGAGAGCGCUGGGCUCCUGUUCCGGGGUUUGCCGUGGAACUGCCAUCCGUCUGGUGCUUUGGGCGGUCCCCAGCCCUCCUCCAAGGAGCCCCAUGGCACCAGGGCCCCGCACUGGAGGAGGGCACCCGCACGGAGCAGGCUGAGGCCCCCUGCAGAGGAAGCCAGGACCGCCCACCAGCAAAGGCUGAGCCUGUGGGCGCCUGCCCAGGAGAGGAGUGGAUGAUCCGGAAGGUGAAGGUGGAGGAAGAGGAUCAGGAGGCGGAAGAGGAGGUCGAGUGGCCGCAGCAUCUGUCUUUACUCCCGGGCCCCUUUCCUGCACCUGAGCUGGGGCCUCUGGCCGCGGCGUAUAAGCUGGAACCCGGAGCCCCUGGGGCACUGGGUGGGCUCGCGCUGGCCGGGUGGGCUCAGGCCGCAGAGAAGCCCUACGGCUGCGGGGAGUGCGAGCGGCGGUUCCGGGACCAGCUGACCUUGCGGCUGCAUCAGAGGCUGCACCGCGGCGAGGGCCCCUGCGCGUGCCCAGACUGCGGCCGCAGCUUCUCGCAGCGCGCGCACAUGCUGCUGCACCAGCGCAGCCACCGCGGCGAGAGGCCGUUCCCUUGCUCCGAGUGUGACAAGUGCUUCAGCAAGAAGGCCCACUUAACCCGCCACCUGCGCACGCACACGGGCGAGCGGCCCUACCCGUGCGCAGAGUGCGGCAAGCGCUUCAGCCAGAAGAUACACCUGGGCUCGCACCAGAAGACGCACACCGGCGAGCGGCCCUUUCCCUGCACCGAGUGCGAGAAGCGCUUUCGCAAAAAGACGCACCUGAUCCGCCACCAGCGCAUCCACACGGGCGAGAGGCCCUACCAGUGCGCGCAGUGCGCACGUAGCUUCACGCACAAGCAGCACUUGGUGCGGCACCAAAGGGUGCACGAGGCGGCCUGCCGCGCCCCGCUGUCUCCCGACGCGCCUGCCUCUCCCGGUUCUCCUGCUCCGUCCCCGACCCCGUCCCCUCCCGGACCUAAGCCUUUCGCCUGUUCCGACUGCGGCCUGGGCUUCGGCUGGAAGAAGAACCUCGCUACGCACCAGCGUCUGCACCGCAGCGAGGAGGGCGCCUUUGCUUGCGACGAGUGUACACUGGGCGCCGCCGCGGACGCCGCAGCCGCCGAGGCCCUGCCCUGCGCGCACCGAAGCACAGCGGCGCCCCAGGACGGUCCCGCCAGCGAGCGGUCCUACUCCUGCCCGGACUGCGGGCGCGGCUUCGCCCACGGGCAGCACCUGGCGCGUCAUCGGCGGGUGCACACUGGCGAACGGCCCUUCGCCUGCGCGCAGUGUGGCCGUCGCUUCGGCUCGCGGCCCAAUCUGGUCGCCCAUUCGAGAGCCCACAGCGGCGCCAGACCUUUCGCCUGCGCGCAGUGCGGCCGCCGCUUCAGCCGGAAGUCUCACCUGGGCCGCCACCAGACGGUGCACACGGGCAGCCGGCCUCACGCUUGUGCCAUCUGCGCCCGCAGCUUCAGCUCCAAAACCAACCUGGCCCGCCAUCAGGCCAUCCACACGGGCUCUCGCCCCUUCUCCUGCCCGCAGUGCGGCAAGAGCUUUAGCCGCAAGACGCACCUGGUGCGGCACCAGCGCGUUCACGGCGAAGCGGCCCGCCUGGCCUGUGACGCUGACCUCCCCGCCCCAGCCUGGACCACCCCGACGGAGGUGGCAGCCUCCCCACUCUUCUUCUGAGCCCCGUUCUCGGCAGGCCCUUCCUCUGCCUUCUGUCGCUCCCCGGCUGGAGAGACCCAGGUCCAAGACCCUGCCGGGCGUUGAUGUUCCCUCUCCAUCUGGCCAGGAAGAAGAGGUCUGGGAAGGAUACCAGCUUUGACGAUCCGUGGCAAAGGCAGUGCUGAGUGCACCCUUGCUGGGACGCAUGGGGCCUGAGUCUUUGGGGGAGGCUCCUACGAAGAAAACCCCACUGGAAAUCAAAUGUUUCCUGGGCCCUCCCUGAGUGUGGAAGUCAGGAACCUCUGCGGGGGAGGGGGGGAGUGGUCAUCUGUGUACCUACGUGUCAUUGAAAUAAACGCCUGAA